AUGAAGCGAGGGAGCGCGUUGGGGCUGGCAGUUGCGGGCGCGGCCACGGGAGCAGGAGUGUGGUGGGGCAUGCGAGACGCGCAGAGCCCGCUGUAUCCCGGCCUCGUGAUGCCCUUCCUCACCUCCCGCUUCCUCGAUCCGGAGGUGUCGCAUCGUCUUGCCGUGAAAUCUGCAGCCCUUGGCCUCACCCCCGUGGAUGAAUGGAAGGACGACCCUCGCCUCGGCGUCACCGUGUGGGGCCGACAUUUUGAGCAUCCGCUUGGCCUCGCCGCAGGCUUUGAUAAAAACGCGGAAGCGAUGGAAGGCAUGCUGGGCAUGGGCUUUGCCUUCGUGGAGGUUGGCAGCGUUUGCUUGAAGCCCCAGCCAGGCAACCCGAAGCCCCGCGUGUUCAGGCUCUUUGACGAAAAGGCCAUCAUCAACCGCUACGGCUUCAACAGCGACGGCGUCCUGGCGGUGGCCGAGAGGCUCGACCAGUUCAGGGAGCGUCAGAAGCGGGUCAUCGAGACCGCGGCGGACAGUGCAAAGAAGAGAGGACUCGAGAAGGGAGUCGUGGGAGUCAACUUUGGCAAGAACAAGGACCGCGUAAUGGGCGGCACUGACGGUGAGGGUCUGGGAGAUGACUACGUCGAGCUGAUGCAGCGACUGUCGCCCUAUGCGGACUACCUGGUCAUUAACAUCUCGUCACCCAACACGCCCAACCUUCGUCUGCUGCAGAGCGGGAGCGAGCUGCAGAAGAUCCUCGAGCAGGUGAUGGCGGAGAAGAAGCGAGCGGAGGCGGCGAGCAAGUCGGCUACGGCCUAUCCGCCCGUGCUCAUCAAGAUCGCCCCCGAUCUCACCAAGGCCCAGGCCGAGGACAUCGCGGCUGCGGCGCUCAAGUACAAGGUCGACGGCAUCAUAGUCUCCAACACCACAGUCUCACGGCCGCUGCGAGUGCACAACGAGCAGGAGGAAACGAUCGCCAAGGAAGCCGGGGGACUGAGUGGCCGACCGCUGCUUGAGAUGUCGACACAGCUCCUCCGCGACAUGUACCGCCUGACCGAAGGCCGCAUUCCAUUGAUCGGUGUUGGCGGUAUCUCGAGCGGGAAGGAUGCCUACGACAAGAUCAAGGCGGGCGCUUCGUUGGUGCAGCUCUACACCGGUUUGGUGUACGAGGGACCCGGGCUGGUGGGCCGCGUCAAGAAAGAACUGGUGGAGCUCCUCGAUCGAGAUGGCUUCCGCACCAUCGAGGAAGCCGUCGGUCAUGAUCACCACAAAGAGGUGGAAACCAAGUGA